UGUAAACACGUGCAAAGUGCGGUUUCUAUUCGGAUUUUAUCAGGAACUUUAAUUUAGCUUUUAUUCGAUAAUUUCGCUUUAAAAUGGUGCAAAAAGCGAAGAAGUUUCGCCAUAAGAUGAUGAAGAAACGCCCGGCAGCCCCAAAGGGUCCCAAAAGUCUGCCGGAAGCCUCCUGGAAACCGGUGAAACUGGAUGGACCGGUAAUAUCUGAUGACGGCGGUGACUUGGCUGGACUGAUAGGAUUGGAGAUCUUGGAAACUUAUGAUCGUUCCUUGGUUCUUAAGGAUAAGAAGCAGAAGUUGAAAAAAGAUCCCAUCUUGGAUGAUGAACCGGAACAUCCGGUGGACAAGGCUGAACGUAAACGUAAAGCUUCCCCGGAUCCGGACAGCGAUGAUGAAAAUCAUCGGAAGAAAAAGACCAAGAAAGAUUCCAAAAAGCUACGGAAAAACAAACCCGUUGAUCAAUCAGAUGAAUCCGAUUCUGGCUUUGACGAUAAACCGACAAAAAAGAAAAAACCUGCUAAAAAAGCUUCUGAGAAAUCUGGGGAAGAUUCAGGAGAGGAUGAAGAUGAUGACCAUAUUCCUGGUCAAUUUGUUAUGUUGAAAAAUAACUCGAAAGACGAGGCCAAAGACAAAAAGAAGAAAAAACGCAAAAAUAAGAAAUCUGAUAAAGAAGGAUUGACUAAAACAAAAUUCGACGCUGAGCAAUGUUACUCAUCUGCUGAGUAUUCUAAAUGGAUCGAGUUGGGUGUUUCGGAAAUAAUCAUAAAAGCGUUGGCCGAUAAAGGCUUCCAACAACCUACCGAAAUUCAAACCUUGUCGCUACCAGUAGCGAUUUUAGGGAAACGGGACAUAUUGGGAGCGGCCGAGACGGGAAGUGGAAAAACCUUGGCCUUCGGAAUCCCUUUGCUAGAAGGAAUUAUGAGACUUAAAUCAAAUGGUUAUCGUUUGAAAGCGAAAAGUUCUUCAGGUACUAAAAAAGUGUCUGAGGAUGAAGAAGAUUCUCGAGAGGGUCACGAGCUGACACCUCCACCGGAAGAGUUGGAAUAUUUCCCGGAUUCGAAAGAUGGGUCGGUGUUAAGUGAAAAAGAGCUGGAGAAAAAUGAUAAAAACCAACUGACUAAACCUUUGUAUGCGUUAAUUUUGACGCCCACUCGAGAGUUAGCGGUUCAAAUCAACGACCAUUUGAAGGCUGUCUGUAAAUACACGGAUAUAAAAAUAGCGACAGUUUUCGGAGGUUUGGCUACAGUCAAACAGGAACGUAUUCUGAAGCAAUGCCCGGAAAUUGUGAUUGCAACUCCAGGAAGACUGUGGGAGUUGAUUCAAGCUAAGAAUCCUCACCUUUGUAAAGUAGAUCAGAUUCGAUUCUUGGUUAUUGAUGAAACUGAUCGAAUGUUGGAAAAAGGGCAUUUCGAUGAACUUAAACAGCUGUUGGAGAUGAUCAAUAAAAACGAGGAGGCUACCAAGUUACGUAGAAAUUAUAUCUUCUCUGCGACUCUAACAAUGGAUCAUGAUCUGCCUGAGCAUCUUUCAGCCAAGGCACGAAAAAAUAAGAAAUUUCAAAUCACGAAAGAGACUACCGGUCAAAGAUUGAACCAUCUGAUCGAAAUCAUUGGAAUGACCAAUCCUAAGAUAGUGGACAUAACUCAGCAACACGGCACAGCUCACACUUUGAUCGAAUCGAGAAUUCUGUGCAAAACCGAGCACAAAGAUUUUUAUUUGUACUACUUUCUCCAGCGACAUCCCGGGAGAACUCUGAUAUUUUGCAACUCCAUCGAUUGUGUCAAACGGCUCGUUUCGCUGUUUACCUAUCUGAACUGUGAUCCACUCAGUCUUUUUGGAAGCAUGCAACAACGCCAGCGUCUGAAAAAUCUGGAACGUUUUACGGCCAAUCCCUCGGCAAUACUGAUUGCCACAGACGUUGCAGCGCGAGGUUUAGACAUUCCGAACGUAGAUCACGUCAUUCACUAUCAGGUGCCGAAAACCACGGAAAAUUACGUACAUCGCUCUGGUCGCACGGCUCGGGCCAGCAAAGAAGGCAUCACUGUACUCCUAAUAGGACCCAGUGAAACCAAGGACUACGUAAAACUGAACCAAUCCCUCGGUCGCACCGAAGAUUUGCCCCUCUACCCCACAUCCGAACGGAUGAUGCGCGAAAUCAAACAACGUGUUCAACUGGCGCGGGACAUAGAGCGACUGGACUUGCGACUGCGACGGUCCAAUGACGAGCGCGUCUGGGAAGACCAAGUUGCCAAACAAUUCCAGAGCGAUUCCGAUUUGGACAGCGAACAGGAGGAAGAACGACGCCUUGCCAAGGGUCGGGAAAAGCGACAGAUGAAGGCACGCCGACUCGAGCUCAGUCAGCUACUAGCCAAACCAAUCGUGAUGGAUCGAGUGGAAUUAAAAUUCCCUUCUUCAGCAGUUGCCGUUAGUCUUCCAGCGGAGAAGGAACAAUCGGCCAUCAAGCUGGUGCGCCAAGUGGCCGAGGAAAAUGCCCAGCUCAAGAAGCAACGUAACAAGAAGAAACAGAAGUUUAACUAACAAAAAUACAGAAUG